UCAGUCUUGGGAAUAUGGUCAGCAAAAGCAAAGGAUGGACAUCACACUGCUCCCACUGAUGUUUAUUUUGGGGUGUUUGAUCGGCCAAACUGAUGCCACACGAGACAUAAACAAUCUGCCCUGUCCGGGGUUUCAAAAAAGCUUUGACGGAUCAUGUUAUGAGUUGGUCAGCUUGCAGCGCACUUUUCACAGUGCUCAGAGCUGGUGUGAAAGAGGAGGUGGGCACUUGGCGUUCAUCCUAAAUGAAGAGACCCAGCAGUUUUUGGAGAAACAUUUGGAUUCAGAAAAGGACUGGUGGAUUGGGCUGGCACCAGCUACACAGAACCUCACCCAGGAGCCCAUCGUCACUGAAGGUCCACUCUCUUGGCUUGAUGGGUCUGACGUGAGCUAUGCCAAUUGGGAAUAUCAGCCUUCUUCUAAUACAGCAUGUGGGUACAUACAGAAGAAUUCCGGAUUUCACUGGACGGCUUCAAACAACUGCAGUCAGGAAAUAAACUUCAUCUGUGAAUUUGAAUCGGGGCGCUCCCUGGCUUGUGUAAACUCCAAUGCAACACUGCAGUGUGGCUCAGGGAAGGUGAUUGAGAUUGAUGACAGUUUCUAUGGGAGGAAAAGCCUGCACUACUGCCAGCUGCCUUCCCAGCCUCCCCUGCCUUUACAAGAAGAAUGCAGUUGGAUAGAUGUGGCUAUAAAUGUGACAGGAUACUGCCAUGGACUACAAGCAUGCCAAGCAGCAGCAGACAUUACCUCAUAUGGAGAGCCUUGUCCGGGCUUAGGAAGUUACCUGUUUGUGGAGUAUCAUUGCAAGGAGGGUCUUCAACUUAACCUAAAGGAAAUAGCAGCUGUCUUUGAGAAUAUCACUGUAAGCAUCAAAUGGCUUCUCACACCCUCCUCUGGGAACCUAACAUGCAUCAUGAUUAUGGGAGAUGGGCAUACUAUUGAUCUGGACUACCCGACAGAUGGCAGGUCAGAGGGCAGUGUGGUCCACAUGUAUUCUCGAGCUGGUGUAUUUACUGUCACUGUCGAAUGCACAACCAGUGAGUGGAAUGUUGCAGCACAUCAAGCAGUUACAGUUCAAGAGCCAGCCACUGAGUUUGAUACAAUUAUGUGCUAUUGUGGCAAUGUAUCUGGAGACAAUAACAACUGCAGGGCAAUAAAUGGAAAACCUCUGCUGGUACAAGUGAAGAUGAAGAAAGGUACCAACAUCACCUACACAAUCCUUUCUGCAGCAUCUCCAUUAGCUAAAAUAUCAGUUCAGCAAGGAAUCCAGGCAAAAAACCUCACUAUCGACAGUGCAUCUUUAAAACAAAUAGGUCCUGGUUUCCAUCCAUUCACAAUUGUAGCUUCUAAUAAUGUAACAACACCACCGGUCACUACACAAUUACAAGUUCUGUUAGUAGAAGAGAUUCAAGGUCUACAAGCAUCUCUGAUCUCUCAGGGUAGCGUUACCCUGGGUAAUGAGAUUCAGAUUAAUGUCUCCAUAUCUCAUGGUGUGCCAGCAAGUUUACAAUUCAAGUUUUUAAGCUCCAACAAAACUUUCUUUGAGACAGCAGAGAUGAAGAAAGCACAGCAACCAGAAGUCUUUCUUUUCACCUCAAGAUUUGCAGGUAUAUUUGAAGUGAAGAUCUCUGCCUCAAAUGGAUUUUCUGAAGUGAACUUGAACAUUGGAAGUCUCACCAUUACACCACCUUCCAGCUUGUUUGGUGAUCUAACAAAUGAGACUCUGUCUGCCUCCGGGAAUGAUUCUGAAAGCAAGCUGAUGAAAGCAGAAACAGAUCUUGAGGAAAAAUUUAAAGCCCGUUCUGCAGGUGGAACAGUUUUAAAAAUUACAGCAAAUCCUUCCAUGCCAGUUGUUCUAGGCAAGAGUGUCACGCUGACAGAAACAGGCGUGACAGAUAUGAAAGCAACAUUUCAAUGGACUUGUGAAAGUCCCUGCUGGGGACAUUGGCAACAGUGUGAGAAGAACAACAAAAUGGACAAAACAUCUCGUACAAUGAAUAUUCCUGCUGAGUGUUUACCAGAUCCUUUUGAUUUAAGACAACUAACAUUGAAUGUAGGUGGGGUACAUCAACAGAGUGCAAAGCAGUGCUUAUCGGUCACUGUUAAUAACAACGUUCGAGUUACCAUCAGCUGUGAAAAGAACUGUGAUGGAAACAGUCAACAAAAUAUCACUUUAAAGGCGCAAUGCAAUCCUAAAUGCCAAAACUAUAAAUGGUAUAAUGUAGGUGAUUAUGACCAGAAUAUUCCAAGCAGCUGCAAAUCAGUUACACAAGACAAAAGAAAAGUGACCCUUUUGAAGGGGUCAUCCCAGACAUUUAAACUGACAACUGCAUACCAGAAGAUGUAUGGACCCAGCAUUGUCAUCAGAGCAAUAGGUAUUAAAGGGUCAGAUUCAGGAUUUAUUGAUUAUACAGUGACUGUGCCAAAAGAUUCAGCCACCACUCCUGCUCCUCCCACACCACCAUUUUGCAGUAUUACACCCUCAACAGGCUCCGUUUUCACCCUCUUCACAAUCACCUGCAAAGAUGGGACCUGCACAGCUCCUCCGUGCACUUACUGCUUCAGUGAUAACCAAGGGUCUACGUUACACUGUGGCAGUGAACUUGUUGUGAACUCUCUUCACCUACCAUUGGGGGACAAGCAAAAGAAUUAUGAGUUGGAGGUGACAGUGACAGCAAAAAAUUCAGCUGGUCAGAGUAGUACAAGAGCAACUGCAGUACAGGUUUUAAAUACAAAUGAGACUUCAGACCCCAAUAAACUCAAAGAUCUUGUCUCAAAGGAAGUUGCUGUCCUCAUGAAUAGUGGUGAGGUAGCAGUAAGUGCAAUGGCUGAUCUGUUCCAGUCAGUGUCAUCUGUUUUGAAUGACCAAGAGAAUCAAGUGGAUAAUCAGAAAAAUACACGCAUGCAGCUGCGGGAAGAGAUGCUGUUAGAUUUAUCCUCUGUUAUUCAAAAUGGUUCUGUGCAAACAGUUAAUGAUGCUCUUAAAACAGCAGAAGCCCUGAAAGGACUCACCACCAGAAGUGAUGAACUGACACCUUAUGCUCAGAUGGAAACCAGCUCGUCUUUGCAAAAUCUCAGUCAGUCACUGCUGUCCCUGGUUGUUGCUGAAAAUUCGACAAGUGAUGAACUUGUACUGGUGGCAGAGCCCAUCAUUACUGCAACAGGCAGUGUCUUGACAGCAUCUGAAUCAAGUUCUGUUGAGAAUCAGAUGCUUUCCUCCAGUCUACUGAUCAAUGCGAUUGAUAAUAUACAAAGUGUUCUCCUUCAUGGAAAGUUAGCAGAUGAAGAUCCCAUUGUUAUAAACACUCCGACUGUCAGUCUUAGUGUCAACAGGCUGUACUCCGGUUCAGUGAGUGGGCAAACCAUUAACCUCAGCAAUGAGACUACAGCCAGGUUCACAUUCCCAUUGAUAAAUGAUCCUGAAAUUUUGGAAGAAGAAACAGUUAAUGUCAAGAUGACAAGUUUCAAAGUCAACCCCUUUGCCUGGGCUGGAGAGAAUGAGAUCAGUGGAGCUUUAGGGGGUCUGUCUUUAACAAGAGAUAAUGGGUCUAUUAUUCCCGUGAAGAAUCUCACACAGGACAUUAAAAUAUACCUGCCCAGGACAAAUGAUGUACCAGUGAAUGAAACAAUAAUACCACUGAGGUCCUCAAACAUUAUAAAGGUGAACAUUACAGCAAGUAAUAUGUCUCUAGUUCUGAAGCUGCAUCCAACCUGGAUGGUCCCACUGGAACUGUUUCUGGGAUUUCAGUAUCAGCCUAAUGAGACAUUUUAUGAUGCCAAACAUCAACUCCCUAAUAAAGAUGAGGAGUAUACCUGGGUGCUAAGACCUGAUGAUUUGAGUUUACAGGUUGGAAUUUAUUACCUGUUAAUUAUACCUCGUUGGGAGGUUGGAUCAAACAUGACCAAUGCUUCAAUCAGUGUGACUUCAAUUGUUGCUAGUUGUAAGUACUGGGAAGAAAUGAGUAGCAACUGGAGCACUGCAGGCUGUAGGGUUGGCCCCCACACAAAUUCAACUGUAACUCAGUGUUUUUGCAAUCAUCUGACAUUUUUUGGCUCAUUUUUUGUCAUGCCCAAUGUGGUAGAUGUUUCUCGUACAGCAGAGCUAUUUGCCACUUUUACCAACAAUCCUGUUGUAGUAUGUGUUGUAGGAGCACUUUUCCUCAUCUAUAUUCUUGUUAUCAUUUGGGCACGCAGAAAGGACAUACAGGAUGCCAUUAAGGUAAAGAUCACAGUUCUAGAAGACAAUGACCCCCUAGCACAGUAUCGCUAUAUGUUAACUGUUUUCACUGGGCACCGUCGUGGAGCUGCCACAUCCUCACAGGUGACCGCAACAUUGAUUGGUACAAAUGGAGAGAGUGACCCCCAUCACCUAUAUGACUCUGAAAAGCCUGUAUUUGAGAGGGGAGCUGUGGACAUGUUCUUGCUGACUACACCUUUCUCUCUUGGAGAGUUGCAAAGUAUUAGAUUGUGGCAUGACAACUCAGGAAAGCUUCCCUCUUGGUACAUCAAUAAAGUAAUGGUACACGACUUAGAAAAGGACCAAAAAUGGCAUUUCUUAUGCAACUCCUGGCUCUCCAUUGACAUUGAUGACUGUGUCUUAGAUAAAGUAUUUCCAGUAGCCACUGAGAUGGACUUAAAACAAUUCAGCAACCUCUUCUUCAUGAAGACAGCAAGAGAUUUCAGAGAUGGCCACAUUUGGUUUUCAGUGCUGAGUCGCCCACCACACAGCAACUUUACACGUGUUCAACGUGUUUCCUGCUGCUUCUCGCUCUUGCUAUGCACCAUGCUGACAAGUAUCAUAUUUUGGGGUGUGCCUAAGGACCCAGCUGAGCAGAAGAUGGACCUUGGGCAAAUUGAAUUUACCUGGCAGCAGGUGAUAAUUGGAUUUGAGAGUUCUAUCCUCAUGUUCCCUAUCAACCUACUCAUUGUCACAAUCUUCAGAAACAUCCGUCCGCGUGGCAAGAAGUCAGUCCAGCCUAAUUUGGAAGUGGACAAAAAGCAGGGUAAAAAUGGUCGGGUAUCUCCUUCUGAACCUCCUUCUCCUGAGAAUAUUCACAAGGAGCUGUCACCAGAUUCUGUUAUUAAGGACAUCAGGAGGAUUGCUCAAUCACUAUCCAAGGCCACAAAGCAUACAAUACCACAGCUGGAAAGAGAUUUUCGGAGGACAACAGACAUCAACAAAUUGUUAUCUUUAGUUGAUGAAAUCAUCCGACAGCAUAAUGGUGUGGACAGGGAGUUUUAUACUCAAAGCCAAAAAAAGGAGCCAUCCCUUGUCCUUACACUGGGGGCAGUGAACAUUCAAGAAUCCAGCCUCAUAGACAGCCCAGAGAAGACAAGCCAGUGCCGUGUCGACUGUAAUCACUUCCUCUACAGGCAGCUACAACAUGUGGAGAAACAGCUGGAGCUGCUUGGCCCUUCCAAGUUUGGCUCUCCUCAGAGUUAUGUGCAGGCUGUGCAGCAGGUUCACAGUAUGAAGGUCCUGCUUGAAACGCAUUUUUUGUCUAUCAGCCCCAAGUCUGACAGGCUUUGCUCAAGCCCUAUAGACAGCGCCACUGCAAAGAAGGGUUGUCAGAAGGGUCUUCCUUGGUGGUUUGUCUUUAUUGGUUGGUUCCUAGUGUUGGCAACAAGUGGAGUCUCCGCCUUCUUCACCAUGCUUUAUGGCCUACACUAUGGCAAAGAAGGCUCCAUCAAGUGGAUCAUUUCCAUGGCAAUGUCAUUCUUUGAAAGUCUUUUCAUUACACAACCUCUGAAGGUUUUAGGAUUUGCAGCCUUUUUUGCCUUAGUUCUCAAGAAAGUAGACGAAGAAGAGGAGAUUGGAAAGAAUCCUUUAGGAGAAACACUAGCAACACCAAUGGAUGCUGACAUGACAUUAAACAAGCGGAGAGACAGUAGCUGCAGUGUCUAUCAUCCACCACCUCCCACUGACAUUGAGAAAAUGAAAAGUAAAAUGUUCAAGGAGCAAAAGGUGUUUGCACUAAUCAGAGAAAUACUAGCCUAUCUGGGAUUUUUGUGGAUGCUGCUUCUGUUGGCUUAUGGGCAGCGUGAUCCUAAUGCUUACUUCUUGACCCAGCAUAUCAGACAGAGCUUUACAAAUGGCAUACCAAAUACCCUGGCUAUCAGUGACAUCUUCAACUGGGCUAAUACGACUCUGGUGGGUUGCCUAUAUGGUACAUAUCCUGGCUUUAUUACAGAUGGAAAUUCCAAGCUAGUAGGAAGUGCUCGAAUACGUCAAGUUCGAGUCAGAAAUAACACAUGCCCACUUGUUAAAUCUGUGCAACGUUUGGUGCCAGGCUGCAAUUCUCCAUAUUCAUGGGAUACAGAAGAUACCAAUUCCUAUGGGCCUGGCUGGAAUGACAUGCUAAGCAACACAUCUCAAUUCAGUUCCUUCUGGAAAUAUCAGACACAAGACAUCUUAAGAGGACACCCUAUUUGGGGGAGUAGUGCCUUAUAUCGUGGUGGAGGAUAUGUGGCAGAUCUAGGCACAGACUCACAAACUGCAAAAAGUAUUUUACAGUAUCUUUUUAAUAACACUUGGCUGGAUUUAUAUACUCGUGCUGUCUUUGUGGAGUUUACGGUCUACAAUGCCAAUGUAAACCUCUUUUGCAUUGUGACUCUGAUGAUGGAGACAAGUGCUAUAGGAGCAUUUCAGUUUGGGUCUGAGCUGCACAAUGUCCGCUUAUAUCAGUCCCCUGGUGGUUUGCAUAUCUUUGUCAUGGCUUCUGAGGCUAUCUACUUCCUCUUUAUCCUUUAUUACAUGUUCAUUCAGGGAAAAUUGAUGAAGGAGCAGAAAUGGUUGUAUUUCAAGAGUAAGUGGAAUUUGCUGGAAUUGGUGAUCAUCAUUUUGAGUUGGAGCGCAUUGUCAGUGUUCAUCAAAAGAACACUGCUUGGAAAUCGAGAUGUUGACUACUAUCAGAGUCAUAAAGACCAGUUUGCCAGUUUUUAUGAUACGGCUGCAGCAGAUUCUGUGUUGGGUUAUAUUAUUGCUUUCCUGGUGCUACUGGCCACCGUGAAGCUCUGGCACCUGUUGAGGCUUAAUCCUAAAUUACACAUGAUCACAUCCACCUUGCGUCGAGCCUGGACUGACAUCUCCGGAUUUAUCACAGUCAUUGUCAUCAUGUUCCUGUCCUACUCCAUUGCUUCCAAUCUACUGUUUGGUUGGACAUUAUACUCAUACAGGACAUUAAUGGAGGCAAGUCUAACCAUGGUCAGCCUGCAGCUGGGAAUCUUCAACUAUGAAGAGGUUUUAAACUACAAUCCUGUCCUUGGUGCCUUCCUGAUUGGCUCCUGCAUUGUAUUCAUGACUUUUGUGGUGCUUAACCUGUUUAUCUCUGUCAUCCUAGUGGCUUUUAGUGAGGAGCAGCAGCAGCAUCAGCCAUCUGAAGAAGAAGAAAUUGUGGAUCUUAUGCUUAUAAAACUCUGCAGCUUCUUUGGUCUUAAAUACAAGAAAGAGGAGAACACCGCAAAACAAAUGGAGCAGGACCCUGUCAAAAGUUAGACAGCACUUUUAAGAAUGAGUAGUUCAUAAAAAAAAAAAAAGAAAUGCUUAUUUCAAGUUAGAAAAAAAUAAAAAGCACACAUUGCAUUAUCCUUCUAUCUAGUUAUUGUCUCCACGACACUAAACUGGAAAAAGCAGGUUUAGGAAUGUUAUAUAGGCGUACCUUUUGUGUCCUGUUUCACUGUUAGUGAUUUAGAGAGGCAACAUCAUUCUGCCUUUUGAAACUGUGAGCCAUUCAAAUUCUGUUUGUGUAGCAAUGCUUGUGUGAAACGCCUCCGAUAUUGUGAAUUAGUUUGUUUGCCCAAAUGCUUAAUCAAAGUGAAUGCUGAAUCUGUAUGCUGUGCUUAAUAAUGAAUAAAUGUGUAUAAUGUUUCUUAGAAUUAAAGGAUAUCAAAUGUGA